GCAGUAGAGACGGAAGUGUUUACGUUUCUCCAGAGUGCACAGGCGGAAGGAGAAGGUUCUGACUAUAGGCCUGGUGACUUACGUGCAUCACUAUGCAACACCACAGAGGCUGCUCGGCUCUGACGGGGCGGAUGUGUGGCGGCUUUGUUCUGCGGAGGAGGUUCAGAAGAAGUUAGCUGUGGAGCAGCUGCACGCUGCAGUGUGUCUGUGUGACAGCGCUGUGACUCAGUCAUGGUGUGUUUGUGUCUCCACCUGGACUCAUGUAAACCUCUCACCUUGGUCGAUCACAUGAUGCAGCUCUGAUGAAAAGGCCUGGAGGUGAACUCUGGACCUCACACUGGAGUUUCUAAGAGGCUUCAGAUGAACUUCGUGUAAAGAGGGAGGACAUUUAUAGAAAGGCAGUGACAGCAUUUCUCACCACAUCUUAAAACCCCCCCCCACAGCAGGACUGACUGAGAGCGAUGCGAUGGAGGAGGAAACCUUGUGCUCCCCUCCUCACCCGGGCCUGGAAGAGUCUCAGUCUUCCACCGACCAGCUGCACGUCAACGGAGAACAGCAGGCCCUUAUUUCAAGGCGGUCGGAGCAGGAGUCGACACCGACACGUGGUGCAGCUGCACCCACUCCUGAAGGGACUGAGAAAUGGGAGCAGAUGAUUUGGUCGGCUCGUCCGGUGACCGGUGCCGGCGUUCCUCUUCAUUUCGCCACAGUGCUGUGGGACAUGCCUGGUGUGUGUGGGGAGGAGCCCCCACUACUGACUGAGAGGAGCCUGGCCAAUGAGCUGACGUUUUUAAACGGCACCUCCCCGUUAUUUCCUCCGUCGAAGGAGGAUGAUGAGGCUCAGCCUCUCAUAGACGAGGAGGAGGAGGAGGAGGAGGAGGAGGAGGAGGAGAGAAGAGAGGAGGAACACGAGGAGUUAGAACCACAGCAGUUGGACCCAAACCCUGAGAGUCCAGCAAACAGUCCUGAGCCAUGUGACACCGCGACAGAUGUGGCCGAGCCGACGACACAGGAAAAGGAAGAGUCAGAGAAUCAUCUGGUCGACGGUUUUGAAGUCACAGCCAGACGGUCGUCAACACCUGGUCCUGACCUGGUGGAGCUAAUCGCUGCUGUUGAUGAGGAUCAAGACUUCACAGAUGAAGACAACGGUCUUGUAAGUUUCAGUCUAGAAGAGACACGAGUGGAGUCUGACCUUUCAGGAACCUCAGGAAGUCAAGACGGCUCCCUCGACAGUGAUGUGACGGAAGAAGAAGAAGAAGAAGAAGAAGAAGAAGAAGAAGAAGAAGAAGAGGAGGAGGAGGAGGAGGAAGGAGAGGGGGAAGGAGAAGAGGAGCAGCCAAAGAGAAACCAGUCGGACACCGCAGAGAAUCAAGAGGCAAAAACGGAUGUGGUGGGUUCUCCAGAGGCAUUACAGACUGAUGGAGCUGGACUAAACCCCGACCUGGGACAGGUGCCACCGUCUGAGGAAGGUCAACAGUCAGAGAUCCAGGAGGACACACAAAUACUGGAGCCAGAACUCAGAGGAGCCACAGUUUUGGAGACUGAAAAUACCGAAAUGCAUAAAGAUGUAGAUCACGGUCCGGGAUCUGAACGGCCGGAGGUCGUGGACACUGAGGAAGAGGGAGCAACAGAUGCUGAGAAGGCGGAGAACUCAGAGGGAACAUUGGAGAUGUCGACCUCAGAGCAAGAGGAGGGAGGGGCGUCGCCUCGGUCAGAGCCGUCUGACGACCAACAGCUGGAAGUGACCAGAGCUCCUGAGCUGAUACAGGAAGUCGUGCCACACGAUCCAUCACUAGACCGGGAGGAUUCACCACUAAUGGACCUGGCCGGAGACUCUGAGUCUGAACAGCCUGGUCCAGAACUCUGUGAGCAGCUCACCGAGUCAGAGAACUCAGAUGAGUCAGAGACGGCAGAGCAGCUGUGCGCUGACGCCGAGGUCACGCAGCCGACGCCACAGGCUGAUCCAGACCAGGUGGACCCACGGGGCAAGGUGUUAGAUCAAAGCGACCAGUUAACGAGUCCUGAGGUUCAACCUGAUGUGCCGUACAUGAACGGAGCCCAGGUGGACAGAGAUAUGGCCUGCAGCCUGGCGGAGAGACUUUUUAAGUUGGAUGGAAUCCAACGUGUAGACGUAGUGCAGUACCUAGAUAAAGAUAAUGACUACAGUCGUGUUGUCGGGGAGGAGUACCUCAAAUUCUUCGACUUCACUGGGCUAACUCUGGAUCAGGCUCUCAGAUCUUUCCUGAAGGUCGUGGUGUUGAUCGGAGAGAGCCAGGAGAGGGAGCGAGUGCUGGAGCAUUUCUCCUGCCGCUUCCAUCACUGCAACCCCGACUCCUUCUCCUCCUCAGAGGCUGCGUUGGCUUUGACGUGUGCGUUGAUGCUGCUCAACACCGACUUGCACGGACAGCAUGUAGGUAAAUCCAUGUCCUCCUCCAAGUUUGUGUCCAACCUGGAAGGGAUGAACGAGGGCGAGAACUUCAACAAAGACCUCUUGAAGAGUCUUUAUAAUUCCAUUAAGAACGAACCGCUGCAGUGGGCUGUUGACGAUGAGGAGUUGAGGAGGUCAGUGUUAGCUGAUGAAAGUGCAGGAGACGACAGCGACAUCCUGCUGCUCUCCAAAGACAACCCUUUCCAGGUGGUUUCUCAUGAUAAAAAUGCCUCCGUGAUCAAAGAAGGAUUUCUCCAGAGGAAACUUCACGCUGACGUCGAUGGCAAACGCACUCCAUGGGGUAAAAGAGGCUGGAAGACAUUUUAUGGAGUUCUGAGAGGAAUGGUUCUUUACUUACAGAAGAAUGACUACAGGAGAGAGCAGCAGACGACUGAGGAUGUGCUGAGUGUCCAUCAUUCUCUGGCCGAGCGGGCGACAGAUUACACCAAGAAGCCGCACGUGUUCCGUUUGCAGACGGCCGAUUGGAGGGUUUUCCUCUUUCAGGCCUCUUCUAAGGUAGAGAUGAACUCAUGGAUCAGUCGCCUCAACCUGGUGUCGGCUCUUCACUCAUCGCCUCCGUUUCCUGCUGCUGUCGGCUCCCAGAGGAAGUUCUUCAGGCCGAUUCUUCCUGCCUCGCUGUCUGCUCACACUCUGGAGCGUCAGCUGCAGUCUUACACAGGAAUGUUAGAGUCCUUCAGGACGGACCUGUCAUACCUGCAGCAAAACUGUUCCGAGGGUAAAAAAGUCAAAGCUAAAGAGCUGGAGGAGCUUCGCGUCAGAGAGGAGUACCUGCACUAUGAGAUCUGUCGAUACGAGAUCUACACCAGGGUGCUGGAGGGCUGGAAGAAACUGGAGGAAACUGGCCACAACGUGCUGGUCAGCACGGAGCUGCACCUGUUUGAUAAAGAGGUUUGUGUAGAGUCUGUGGGGGAUGAAGAAGACGUGGAAGGAGGGCUGAAAAAGUCCCACUCCAGUCCUUCUCUGAAGCUGGAGCUGGCUCCUCCUACUAUCAAAGUCAAACGCAACAUUUCUGAAAGACGGACUUAUCGCAGGACCAUCGUCCCCCGCAAUAAAGACAAGUGAAUUAUAUAUUUUUUUUAUUCAGAAAACAGUAUGUUUUCUUUGAGAGAUUUUUCUGCAUUUCUAUUUUAUGCACUUUUUUUUAAAAAAAAAAAAGAACCUCAGGAAAUUUCAGACUCAAAGUAGAGUAAAGACCUGAAACUUUGGUUGAAAGACUUGAAGUAUAAUUUAUAUUUGAUUAUUCUUUUUAUUUGUUGUAGUUACAGUUUUGUCUGUUACUGGAAGAAUAAUAAUGCCAUACUUGGGGCUACGACUGUGCUUGUAUAAUAUGAACCACAAGAGGGAGCUAUUGUUCAGUACAUGAGUGAGAAAAAGCAUGCCGUAACUAAAAGUUACAUUCUGCAUUUCUUUGCACAGUUUUUUUUACUGUUAUUUUAUUGUUCAUUACCUUUUGUUCUCACUGUUAAGACUGUUACACAUUGUGUUCAUAUGAAGGGUUUAUGUUUUAAUAAGUGCUAUUUUUUAUUUGGGAAAAAAUCAGAUAUUUCACCCUCUAAUGUAGAUUCUGGUUUAAAAAACAUUUUGUAGAGACAGUAUGCGAUCAACAGAAGGCAUGUUGAGACAGAAUACGACAAAAUAAAACAAAUAUAAUAAAAUAUACCAAUUUAGUUUUUGGUUUGGGGAACAUACUUUUGAAACAACCCAAAUCUCUCAAGUUCCGGAAAACUGUCUCACAAAUUACUUUGAUUGGCUGGUUUUGUUAAAUGGGCCAAUCACGUUUUAGCAUGGCCGGAAUUUACCAGAUUUCUUCCUGACAGUGUUGUGAGAUGUACUUGUUUACAACAGUAAUGUUUACAUUUCUUAUGACGGGUAAAAUUGUUGUCAUUUGCAAGUUGAGGUGAGUUAAAAGUUUAUUCAGACCAUUUUUUGUUUCACGAAAAAAUGUAAACACAUCGGAAAGUUGUUUUAAGGCUCAAAUACAUUUAAAUGAGCACUUAGCCUUAAACGGAUAUAUGUACAUAUCUUCGUCACACAAUUGAAAGUGACUUUUUGGAAUAUGUUGCUUGUGGUUUUUAUAUUUUAUGUCAAAUAAAGCAAAAAUACACGUAUGUGGGAUUAUCUGUU